AUGCUACGUACUCGCUCAGCUGCAUUUGUCUCAGGCAACACUGAGGACUACAAAAGGGCCAGAUAUGACCUGCGUAGAGCCAUCAAAGGGGCCAAGAGACAGUACACACAGAAGCUGGAGGGAUAUUACAUCAAUACGGACUCCCGGCGCAUGUGGCAAGGUUUGCAACACAUCACAGAUUACCAGCAGAGGAACAUAGAUAUCACAACCAGCAAUCCAUCACUAACCGAAGAGCUGAAUGAGUUCUACGCGCGCUUUGAGGCCCUCACCAUCGAACCACUGAAAGAGGUUCCAGCCACAGAGAGCACACAGGACGCUUCACUCAUUGUGUCUGUGAUGGAGGUGCGCAGGGCGCUUCUGAGAAACGGUAUUUUUCCCGCUAUGCUCCGUUUUUGCGCAGUUCUCGUGUGCGCGCUCGCGCUCAUCAGCAGAAAUCAGGCUCUCGCGGACGAGGAACUCAAAGGCGAACGCUUCGUGUGCACCGCCGUGCCCGCGGGUACAGACCUCAGCUGCCCGGUGGAGGCGGACAACCGAGUGCAGAGCGCGAGCCCGCAGGAGGACGAGUUUCGGAGCACUAUCGUGCAGCUGCGGGAGACCGUUCUGCAGCAGAAGGAGACCAUCGCCAGUCAGCAGGGCACUAUUAAGGAGCUCAACUCCAAACUUGUACGCUGCGAGACCUCGGAGAGCAAGUGGCGUGGAGGCGCGCGCAGGAAAGAACAGGGCAAGAACACGAUGGGUGAUCUGCCGCGCGACCCGACUGAGACCGUGGAGCAGUUGGGCAAGACCAUGCAGGGGCUGAAGGACCGUCUGGAGAACCUGGAGCAGCAGUUGCACACGAACGUGUCUGGUUCACCAUUUCCCAGCGAGCUACGUGACCUGUUGAAGCGCCGCCUGGGCACUCUCGAGAGUCAAUUAUUGAGGAGAGUGGCUGAGCUGGAGGAGGAGAAGAGCCAGCUCUACAAUGAGACCUUGGCUCACCGGCAGCACACAGAGAACACGCUCAAGUCGCUGCUAGAGAGAAUCACCGAACUAGAGAGAAGUAACAGUGCAUUCAAAUCCCCAGAGGACUUCAAGGUGUCUCUUCCGCUGCGGACAAACUACUUGUAUGGGCGUUUUAAGAAGAGCCUGCCGGAAAUGUAUGCCUUUACAGUGUGCAUGUGGCUCAAGUCCAGUGCAAGUCCGGGCAUCGGAACACCGUUCUCCUACGGCGUCCCGGGACAGGCCAAUGAAAUUGUGCUUAUAGAAUGGGGCACCAACCCUAUUGAGCUUCUUGUCAAUGACAAGGUGGCUCAGCUGCCGUUGUCUGUAGGUGACGGCCGAUGGCAUCACAUCUGCAUCACCUGGACGACCCGAGACGGCUUCUGGGAGGCCUAUCAAGACGGCGAGAGGCUGGGCACUGGGGAGAACCUGGCCCCCUGGCAUCCAAUUAAACCUGGAGGAGUGAUCAUACUGGGCCAAGAACAGGACAUCGUUGGGGGAAGGUUUGAUGCCACACAGGCUUUCGUCGGAGAGCUAAGCCACUUCAACAUGUGGGAUCGAGUUUUGCGCCCCAUAGACAUCUCCAACAUGGCCAACUGCUCAGCCUACAUGCCUGGAAACGUCGUGCCCUGGAUAGACACAAACGUGGAAGUGUUCGGAGGAGCCACAAAAGCAGCACUGGAGAUAUGCGAGGACCGUCUGUUUGACUCGUAAGCUCAAGCUCAAGCUCAAGCUAUCGAGACGUUAUUAUUUUCGGAGGUAAAACACCUCACCGGGCUGCUUCGGGACCAUUGUGUAGGGGACACAAGCAUCUGAUGAAACAGUAUUCACUGUGCUCACCGUUCUUCUUCCUGGCUGAUUUCUCUUCAGUUCUGCUGUUUUUGUUGUAACGUUUCUUAUGUUGAGGUUUUUGUUUUCAGCAAGGCCAACGCAUAAAGUAAUCGUGACGUGUGAAAUAGAAAAAGUACGCUCAGUUCGUUCGAACAUUUUUUUUUUUUUUUACUUUGCAAGCUUCGGCCUCUUGUUGACGUUCGGUAUGCUUUUGUGUUGCUCACGAUUCAGAACAAAAGCAUCAAUUCCUCAUAAAGAAUCAUUUCAACAUGAGAUGAAUCAGUGGAAUUGUAGAUUACUGCUGUUUAAUCAAACUGCAUGAAUGUUUAGGUUUUGCUUUUUUUGUUCAGUCCUAUACAGGACAAUAAACAAGCUUUUUAAACAAGCACCUUCAUCAA